GCGCACAAUUUAGUAAAAACGAGGGAACGAAUUAUAUUGUGCGCACAAUUUAGUAAAAUGAGGGAACAAAUUAUAUUGUGCGCACGAUUUACUAAAACAAUGGAACAAAUUAUUAUAUCGUGCGCACAAUUUAGUAAAACGAGGGAACGAAUUAUAUUGUGCACACAAUUUAGUGAAACAAUGGAACUAAUUAUAUUGUGCGUGUGAUUUAUUAAAAUGAGGGAAUUAAUUCUAUUGUGCGCACAGUUUAGUAAAACCAGGUAACGAAUUAUAUUGUGCGCACAAUUUAGUAAAACGAGGGAACAAAUUAUAUCGUGCGCACAAUUUACUAAAACAAUGGAACAAAUUAUUAUAUCGUGCGCACAAUUUAGUAAAACGAGGGAACGAAUUAUAUUGUGCGCACAAUUUAGUAAAAACGAGGGAACUAAUUAUAUUGUGCGCACAAUUUAGUAAAACCGAGGGAACAAAUUAUAUUGUGCGCACAAUUUAGUAAAAUGAGGGAACAAAUUAUAUCGUGCGCACAAUUUACUAAAAUGGAACAAAUUAUUAUAUUGUGCGCACAAUUUAGUAAAACGAGGGAACGAAUUAUAUUGUGCGUGUGAUUUAUUAAAAUGAGGGAAUUAAUACUAUCGUGCGCACAGUUUAGUAAAAGGAUGGAACAAAUUAUAUUGUGCGCACAAUUCAGUAAAACAAGGGAACUAAUUAUAUAGUGUGUGCAAUUUAGUAAAAUGAGGGAAUUAAUUACAUUGUGCGCACAAUUUAGUAAAACGAGGUAAGGAAUUAUUAUAUUGUGCGAGGGAACAAAUUAUAAUAUCAUGUGCUUGCUUUAGUAAAAUCAGGGAAUUAAUUAUUGUGUGCACGAUUGAGUAAAACAAGCUAAUUAUUAUAUUGUGUGCACAGUUUAGUAAAAUGAGGGAAUAAAUUAUAUUGUGCGCGUGAUUUAGUAAAACGGGAACAAAUUAUAUUGUGCAAGGGAAUAAAUUAUUAUAUUGUGCAUGUGAUUUACUAAAACGGGAAACGAAUUAUAUUGUGCGCACAAUUUAGUAAAAAGGGGACAAAUUAUAUCGUGCGAGGGAACAAAUUAUUGUUGUCACGGAACGAAUGUAGAUGAAUGCAGAUUUAUAAUAGUAAACAGGGUUUAAUUCAACAAGCAGGCAGAUACGUAACAGUGUGCUCACACUCAAACAAUAACCAACAAUGAACACAGGCAGGAACUUAAAUACACAGAUAAUGACUACUAAAUGGAAACAGCUGACAAGACUUGACUAGUUAGAAACCAUAGAGACUAACGAGGACUAAUGCAGACAAGACAGGACUGAAUUAAACUGAACAUGUGACAUUACGUCCCCUCGGAAAGGCGCAUCCUUGUGCCGUGACAAACAAAGAAUCUGAAGAGGAAAGAGGGCGGAGGCUUUGGUGUAGGGCGUGGAGCUGGUGACGGACAGCAGCCUGGGGUAGUUGGCCACGGGCACCAUGGUGGAGUUGACGGUGGGAGGAGCCAGGGUGGAGUCCUGACUGCAGGAGCGGACAGAACCCUGGGACCGAUUGACGGAGGCGGAACCAUGGUGAGUGGAGGCACCGGCGGAACAUCGCGGCUGAUGGACCUGGGCGACAUCGCAGGCCUGGAAGCCUGGCGCUGAGCUGCUGGUUCGCGGGAGGCGACGACGGGGACUCGGAUGACCAGGGCGAGCACAACGGGGAGGUCGGAGGAAGGGAGGAGCCCGAUGAUGCUGUAGGGGUGCAGGAUUCAGGCGCAGCUGGAACCCCGGAAGUCCGUAGCGGAAGCGGAGCGUCGACCACCUGAGGCCGACCUGGAGUGGCGAGUGAGCCCAGCGGAGCAUCCGGACAGGAGGCGAUGAGGAAGUGGUGAGCCGAGGCGAUGGUGACGGGCUGACAGGUUGAGGUGGAGACGUGGGCCUGGAGGCCUGAAGUGGAGGCGGGGACUCGGCCUCAAGCUGAGGUGGUGGAGGUGAAGCCCGAGGCGAGGAAGAGAAGCCGCACGGAGUGAGUGGCUGGGGCAGAGCCGAGGAGCUUGACGAUACCAGUGGUGCCAACGGAUCCAGGGAGCUGACCGUGACCAGUGAUGGAGACGGGAUCAGGAAGUCAGGCAGGGAUACAGGCUAAAGAAGAUUUCUAGACGGGAGCAUCCAAAUAGACAGACGGGACCGGCGAAGACGAGGAGGAUUCGAGGGUGGGGACUUGGGUGAGAAUUGGAUCCGCGGACCACAGAUCGAUGAGGUUCAAGUCUGCUCCUGGAUCUGCGGUGGAUUUACCAGCUUGUGUCAACUCCGGGGCUUCGAUGUUCUCUGGCUCUGGUUUUGGAACGACCUCAGUGGGCGCCUCGGGCUCGCUGGCUGUGAGGGAAAGGCCGCCAUUCCAGAAGCAUCCAGGCCAGGUACCCCAGAUACAGCCUGCUUUCUGGGAUGAUGAGAAGCCGUAGCACUGGUGACGCCGUCCAGCACUGAGUUCACCUUCCGCACCGAGAGGACGGUGCCCAGGCUGGGUGUGAUGCUGGUGGGAUGGGGUGGGAAUAACGGGACCACGGUCACAGCUGCUGUCCUGGCCAAUAAACUGGGUCUGACCUGGAAAACCAAAACCGGUGUGAAGAAAGCAAAUUAUUACGGCUCAUUGCUGGAAUCUUCCACGGUGUGUUUGGGAUCCGGACCUGACGGAGAGGUUUACGCUCCCUUCAGAGAUCUGCUGCCGAUGGUGCAUCCAAAUGACAUCGUUUUUGAUGGCUGGGAUAUCUCAUCUCUGGAUCUGGGCAGAGCCAUGGAGCGCGCUCAGGUUCUGGACUGGAGCCUGCAAGAGAAGCUCCGCCCACUCAUGGACCAGCUUAAGCCCAGACCCUCCGUCUACAUCCCAGAAUUCAUUGCUGCCAAUCAGGAGCUCAGGGCUGAUCAUCUAAUCAGAGGAACCAAAGCAGAACAGGUGGCACAGAUCCGCAGAGACAUCUGUGACUUCAGGCAGAAGAGUGGCAUUGAUAAAGUCAUCGUUCUCUGGACCGCAAACACUGAGAGAUUCUGUGACGUCAUUCCAGGCGUCAAUGACACUGCGGAGAACCUGCUGAACACCAUUGAGACGGGAGGGGAAGUGUCUCCUUCCACCAUGUUUGCGGUGGCCAGUAUUCUGGAGGGUUGUGCGUACAUUAAUGGAUCCCCGCAGAACACGUUUGUGCCCGGAGCCGUGGAUCUGGCCAUCCAGCGCGGAGUCUUCAUCAGUGGAGAUGACUUCAAAUCCGGCCAGACUAAACUCAAAUCUGUUCUGGUGGACUUCCUGGUCAGUGCGGGAAUCAAGCCAACUUCUAUAGUGAGUUAUAAUCAUCUUGGCAACAACGACGGGCUCAAUCUGUCGGCGCCACAACAGUUUCGAUCUAAAGAGAUCUCAAAGAGUAACGUGGUGGAUGAUAUAGUGCGGUCCAACCCGAUACUGUACCAGCCUGGAGAGAAACCUGACCACUGUGUGGUUAUUAAAUAUGUGCCCUAUGUGGGCGACAGCAAGCGUGCGAUGGAUGAGUACACCUCCGAGAUCAUGAUGGGCGGAACCAACACCAUCGCAAUGCACAACACCUGCGAGGACUCUCUGCUGGCCAGUCCCAUUAUCUUGGAUCUGGUGAUCCUGACAGAACUGUGUCAGAGAAUCACAUUCUGCACUCGGGAGGAUCCAGUUUUCCAGAGUUUCCACAGCGUCCUGUCGCUGCUCAGCUUUCUCUGUAAAGCCCCUCUCGUGCCACAGGGGGCGCCGGUGGUCAACGCGUUCUUCCGGCAGCGUGCGUGCAUCGAAAACGUCAUGAGGGCGUGUCUCGGCCUCCCGCCUCAGAAUCACAUGCAGCUGGAACACAAGAUGGAGAAGAGCUUCAUGCAUUCAGAGGAAAACCACAUCCAUCAUCCUGUCCUCAUCAACGGAAAGAUCGACCACAUCAGUGCUUAUCAGUCGGCCAAAUACAUUGAGAUUAAAAGUCAUGAGAAGAUGCAGCACUCAGUCUCAUAGAAACCUUCAUAUUGGAGCAUGAAAACAAACCAAUACGUAAAUGUUUAUUACUGAGUACACUGUUUUAGGUAGAAUUAUGCAUUACUUCAGUCCUUUACUAAUGCACAUCCUUAAGUGAUUUUUGGAUAUGCAUUUGACAAUGAAAAUAUGAAUGGCUUCUGUUCUUGUUUAGUGAGUACUGUAUUUCUGGAUGAAAUAUUCAUCUGUGUUAUCUCAACCAUGGAAUUUUUCCCAGGUUUUGCAUAUUAAUACACUGAAAACCACCAGUUUUUGUUGGUUAAACAAAAUGAAGAAAAAACACCAUUCCUGAAAAGUGAGAAUAGUUGCAUUUAGCAAAUAAAUGCAGUAGAAAAUGAUGAGAGUCAUUGGGUUGAGUCAUUUCAGGACGUGUUUUUGUUUUUAUACUAUAUAUAAAUAUAGUACAAAACUGGGGUCUGCAAGGGAGUGACGGGGAAAGUUUAGAGAAAAUUUGUAAUAAAUAAAUAAUCAGAUUCAAAUAAAGAACUAAAGAUUAUUCAAAUAAAAAAAAUAUUGAUCUAUUAAAUUAAGUUGAUUUAAAAUGAUUAAAAGAAAAAUAUAGUAAUUACAAAUUUUUUUUUUUUUUUUACAAAUACACAAAUUAACCUAAGAAAAAGUACAUCAUCGUAAUAGUUUUUUAGUGUAUAAAUUGGGUGUUUAUAAAAGAUGCCAUUUAAAUUUUAGGAUGAUUCACUAAUUGGCUACUAAUAUUCUGAUUUAAUAGAUUUAACAACUAUUUUUGCUUUACAGUGACUAUUUUAGUUUUAUUUACCAAAACCUUUCUGUUUUCCUGUUUUUUCGUGGUCCAUAAAUGACUAAAUCAAAAGACAUUUCUCAUUGCUUUUGUUCUACCAUUCAAUACAAAAGUGUUCACCCCCUUGUUCUGCUUUUUGUGAAAUUAGUCUGUUUUCAGCCAUAAAAGAAUAAAGUUUUGCAAAAUGUUCUAAAUUACAGUUUGCAUAAAUCAUACUCUGUAAACCUCUGUAACACUGUAAACAAUAAAUACUGAUGCACAGAAAAGGUC